CUCAAAGGCAUGGAGACGUAGACAGAUACUACAUGGGUGGCAAGAGAAAAUUAAUGGAUGCAGAUCUACCGCCGCAAGAAUCAGAAGAUCUCUUCCAGGAUUUAAGCCAAUUCCAGGAAGCCUGGCUAACAGAAGCCCAAGUUCCAGACAGCGAUGAGCAGUUUUUGCAGGACUUGCAAUCAGAAAACCUUGCUUUUCACAGUCCACCAGUGAAAAUAAAGAAAGAACAGCCCAGUUCUUGUUCGGAGCCCAGUCUUUCGUGUAGCCAGAAACAACAGUUUGAAUACCGUAAUGGGGAGCCGUGCCUUUAUGCCACUGUCUAUGACCAAACAUCCAGACAAGCUGGUAUCAAAUCUCAGAACCAAGGUGCUCAAGUGUCCCCACUCCAUCACUUUUCCAGACAGGACCGGGGAUUUGUCACUCCACAGAGCUCAUCACAGUCUGUUCAGUCUGGAGGAUACCACGUGGAACAUAGCUCUAGGUACCCACAGCAAAUGCCAGAGAUGUGCCACUCCUUUCCAUCAGCACAGAACAUGAGCAGGGAGUCUCCUGCCAACUACCAGCGGCAGAUGUCCGAGCCAUGUCUUCCAUACCCACAGCAGGGCUUCAAGCAAGAGUAUCAUGACCCUAUGUAUGACCAGGCAAACCAUGGCGGUCCAAGCAGAGCCCAGAGAUAUCCUUCCAGUGUUGUAAUCAAACAGGAACAGACAGACUAUUCAUAUGAUUCAGAUGUCCCCGGGUGUCAGUCAAUGUACAAAAACAUGGAGGCCUACUCAAACGUGGAUGGUUAUGGCUAUGAGAAACCAAUGAGACCCUUCAAUGAUGAUGCUUGUGUUGUGCCAGAGAAGUUUGAAGGUAAGACUUUAUUUGCUUCCAGUGAUAUCAAACAGGAAGUUGGAACCUACAGAGAUGGGCCACCUUACCAAAGAAGAGGAUCAUUACAAUUGUGGCAGUUCCUGGUGGCUCUUCUGGAUGAUCCUUCCAAUUCCCACUUCAUUGCCUGGACUGGAAGGGGCAUGGAAUUCAAACUGAUAGAGCCAGAAGAGGUUGCCAGACUCUGGGGCAUGCAGAAAAACCGGCCAGCAAUGAACUAUGACAAGCUCAGCCGGUCUCUUCGCUAUUACUAUGAAAAGGGAAUCAUGCAGAAAGUGGCUGGCGAGCGUUAUGUCUACAAAUUUGUGUGUGAACCAGAAGCUCUGUUUUCUCUGGCUUUUCCUGACAAUCAACGUCCUGCCUUGAAGUCCGAGUUUGACCGACAGAUCAGCGAAGAAGACACUGUGCCUUUGUCACACAUGGAUGAAGGAGCGAUUUAUCUUCAGGACGUGGGUACCGUCCCUUCCCAAAAUUACAAAGGUGGUUACAAUUACUAGCCUUUGCCACCCUGUAAUUGUGUAUAUAUGGGUACAUUUCUUUAGCAUUCAAAUGUGUAGAUGCUUUUUUUUUUUUUUUUGUUUGUUUUUUUCUUGCAAGAACCUGUUUAACAAUUUGGACUCUAGAAGGCUACCCGCUGUUAGUGUUUUAAAGACCCAGGUUGUAUUUGGGCAUUUGUAACAUGGCCUUUUCAAGAUGCACUCCUUGGCUGUGGUGCAUUUGAGCAUCAGGUUUUAGAUUUCUCUUGACGCAGCUAAGCUUAUGAAUGGUUGAUUGUUUCAGGGAAUGCAUGUUCUCCAGCAUCAAGCAUUGAAGACUUAAUUAUUUCCUUCAGACUUCAUUUUAAUUUUAAUUUUUAAAGAAACCUUUUCAGU